AUGAGUCCGACGUCGCCAAAGGGCCCCCAGGCCCCGCCCGACGACUUCAACCACCAGCUCGCCAUCAAGCUCGCCCGCGCGCUCAACCUCGUCAACCCCAACGACCUCCUCGCCACCCGCGUCACCGACAUCGCGCGCACCAGCUCCGAGGAGGGCUUCCUCAAAGGUCAGGACUCUUUUCUCGCCGAGCUGUACGCCGAGAUCGCCGCCCACGCGGCGCAGGAGGCCUCCGGCCACGUUCCGCAGCCCGUGCAGGGCAUCACCGUGCACGACAGCGAGGUCCUCGAGCCAGAGCCCGUCAGACAGGGCGGCCUCAUGCGAAAAGACUCGCAACACACCUUCCGCCAGCCCGCAAAGCCGCUCGAGCCGCCGACCCCGCGCACGUCCGUGCUCGGCCUCGACAGGCUCGCACACGAGAAGCGGCUCGCGGCCGCACAAGAAGGCAGCCGCAAGCGGCCGCGCCUCGACGACGCCGCCGAGCCCGUCUUCAAAGUCCCCGCGCUCCCGGCCUCGCGCAUGAACAACGCUCGCCACAGGGGUGAGGAGACCCCGUCGCACCCCGGCGGCCUCUCGGAGACGGGACGCCAGCGCCUCGAGGAGUACCGUCGGAACAGGGACAAGCAGCGCGAGGGCAUCGUCGCGCGCCCCGAGCCCCGGCAGGAUGCCCCGCGCGGGCUCGGCGAGUUUCAGCGGCGCUCUAACCGCGAGCGCGAUUACGGCGGGAACCGCGGCGGCCGCGGCUGGGAGGCGACGCCGCGCUCGGAGCGCGGCGCGGGCGCGCGCGACGACAACCCGAGCGUGCGCGUGCCGAAUGUCGGCUGGGACUCGACGCCGCGCGACCGGCGGGGCGGUGGUGAGAGUGGGGCGGGGUGGGGCGGCGCGCGGGGCCGCCGGUGGGACGCACCGACGCCGCGGGCGUCGCGCGGGGGCAGCCCGGACGAGGGCGAGGGCGACGGCGUGCAGCUUGACGCGCGGGAGUGGGAGGAGGAGCAGAUCCGCUUGGACCGGGAUUGGUAUAUGGGCGCGGAGGAGGGCGGGUUGAUGGGCGACGAGGAGCAUAAUCCGCUCGCGCAGUACGAGGAUCUGACGGCGCUGAAGCAGGCGGAGAUCGUGACGAAGCAGGUGAAGAAGAUCUCGGCGCGGCAAGCGCAAUAUAAUGCAGACAACGACCUGUGGGAGGCCAACCGCAUGGUCACGUCCGGCAUCGCGACGCGCAAGGGCGUCGACCUCGACUUCGAAGACGAGUCCGAGUCGACCGUGCACGUCAUCGUGCACGACCUCAAGCCGCCCUUCCUCGACGGCCGCACCGUCUUCACGAAGCUGCUCGACCCGAUCAACCCGAUCCGCGACCCGACGAGCGACAUGGCGAUCUUCGCCAAGAAGGGCUCCGCGCUCGUCAAGGAGAAGCGCGAGCAGGCGGAGCGCGCCAAGGCCGCCGCGAAGCUCGCCGCGCUCGGCGGGACUGCGCUCGGAAAUAUUAUGGGGGUUAAGGACGAGGAGGCCGCGGCUGAAGCCGAGGCCGAGGCCAAGGCGAAGAGCGGGGAGAAGGAGGACUACAAGGGCGACUCCAAGUUCGCGAGCCAUCUGAAGACCUCCGCCGGCGUGAGCGCCUUUGCGCGGAACCGCACCCUGCGCGAGCAGCGGGAGUACCUGCCUGCGUUUGCGUGCCGCGAGGACUUGCUGCGCACGAUCCGGGACAACCAGGUGGUCGUGGUCGUGGGCGAGACGGGGUCGGGCAAGACGACGCAGCUGUCGCAGUUCCUGUACGAGGACGGGUACUGCACGCACGGGAUCAUCGGGUGCACGCAGCCGCGGCGCGUCGCCGCGAUGUCGGUCGCGAAGCGCGUGAGCGAGGAGAUGGAGUGCAAGCUCGGCGCGCUGGUGGGGUACGCGAUCCGGUUCGAGGACUGCACGUCGGCGGAGACGAAGAUCAAGUAUAUGACGGACGGCGUGCUUCUAAGAGAAUCGUUGAACGAGGGGGACUUGGACCGGUACAGCGUCAUUAUUCUGGACGAGGCGCACGAGCGCUCUCUCAGUACUGACGUCCUUAUGGGCCUGCUCCGUAAAAUAUUGUCUCGCAGGAGGGACUUGAAGCUCAUCGUGACCUCCGCUACGAUGAACGCCGACAAGUUCUCGUCGUUCUACGGCAAUGCGCCGACCUUCACCAUCCCCGGUCGUACGUUCCCGGUGGAGACUUAUCACGCAAAGUCCCCCUGCGAAGACUACGUCGACAGCGCCGUGAAGCAGGUCCUGCAGAUCCACCUCUCUCUGCCCCCCGGCGACAUCUUGGUGUUCAUGACGGGCCAGGAGGACAUCGAGAUCACAUGCCAAGUCGUGCAGGAGCGCCUUUCCCAGCUCGACGAACCCGCCCCGCUGGCGGUCCUGCCGAUCUACUCGCAGAUGCCCGCCGACCUGCAGGCGAAGAUCUUCGAGCCGACCAGCGACGGCCGGCGCAAGGUCAUCGUGGCGACGAACAUCGCGGAGACGUCGCUUACCGUCGACGGCAUCCUGUACGUCGUGGACGCCGGGUACUCAAAGCUGAAGGUGUACAACCCCAAGGUGGGCAUGGACGCGCUGCAGAUCACGCCCAUCAGCCAGGCGAACGCGAACCAGCGCACGGGGCGGGCGGGGCGCACGGGCAGCGGCUUCUGCUACCGCCUGUACACGGAGAUGGCGUACAGGAACGAGCUGUUCGAGAACACGAUCCCCGAGAUCCAGCGCACGAACCUGGCCAACACCGUGCUGCUGCUCAAGUCGCUCGGGGUGAAGAACCUGCUCGAGUUUGACUUUAUGGAUCCUCCGCCGCAGGCAAACAUCCUUAAUUCUAUGUAUCAACUGUGGGUGCUCGGCGCGCUCGACAACGUCGGGGACCUGACCCCGAGCGGGCGCAAGAUGUCCGAGUUCCCGAUGGAGCCGUCGAUGGCGAAGAUGCUGAUCACGUCGGUCGAGUACAAGUGCUCGUCGGAAAUGCUGACCAUCGUCUCGAUGCUGUCCGUGCCGAGCGUGUUUUACCGCCCGAAAGAGCGGAUGGAGGAGGCCGACGCGGCGCGCGAGAAGUUCAACGUGCCCGAGAGCGACCACCUGACGCUCCUGAACGUGUUCAACCAGUGGAAGAGCCACGGGUACCGCGACGACUGGGGCCUGCGGCACUUCCUGCACCCGAAGCUGCUGAAGAAGGCGCGGGAGGUGCGCGUGCAGCUCGAGGACAUCAUGAAGUUCCAGAAGAUGGACAUCAUCUCGGCCGGGACGGACUUUGACGUGAUCCGGAAGGCGAUCGCGUCCGGGUACUUCCACCAGGCGGCGCGGGUGAAGGGCAUCGGCGAGUUCGUGAACAUCCGCUCUGGCCUGCCGACGCACCUGCACCCCACGAGCGCGCUGUACGGACUGGGAUAUACGCCGUCGUACGUGAUCUACCACGAGCUGAUCCUGACCUCGAAGGAGUACAUGACGCAGGUGACCGCGGUGGACCCGUAUUGGCUCGCCGAGCUCGGAUCCGUGUUUUAUUCGGUGCGGGAGAAGAACUUUGACGAGCGUGGGUCGCGGCGGCAGGCCGACCGCGAGUUCUCGAAGCGGGCCGAGCUGGAGACCGAGAUGGCGAAGCAGCGCGAGGAGACGGCGAAAAAGGCAAAGGAGGAGGCGGAGGCGGUCAAGGCGGCGACGGGGUCGAGCGCCAAGGUGAUCGUGCCGGGGACGCCGCGGCACACGGGUGUCGGGGCUGGGUCGCGGGUGACGCAGACGCCGCGGCGGCGAGUCGGGAUCUGACGCCUGUUGCUCCAAUCUGUAUUCUGCGUGUUUCUUAAGUUAUAAUCUGAUUCAGGAUCGUACCCGG